GCGAAGAGGAGAGAAGGAUCGUCCAUCAAUACCAGCAAUACUACGGCACGUUCCAACAAGUACCCGGAUCCUAUUAUCCUCCGCCGCCGGCGGGAAUUCCUCAGCCCGUUCCUCCGCCGCCGUCGGCGGGCGGGCAACGGCCAACCUCACAUCGCCCCUUACUCGCCCCCCUACUGUUAUGCUAAUGGGUACCAGCCUAUUCCAGUAUAUAAUGGAGUCGCUGAAGGAAGACCUUUGACAGUAAGGAUGCAACGCCUUCCAUGUUGUGGCUUGGGUAUUGGCUGGUUUCUGUUUAUUAUUGGUUUCUUUCUUGCUGCUAUUCCCUGGUAUGUUGGAGCCUUCAUUCUACUUUGUGUCAGAGUAGAUUACAGGGAGAAACCUGGGUUUGCCGCCUGCACAAUUGCUGCUGUUGUUGCUGCUGUUGCUGUGAUUGUUGGUGCGACGAAGCAUGGUAAUCAAUGGUGAGUAGCGCAACAAUGAAAUAAAGCUGUUAUCGGUGUACAUCUGUACUCAAAUUCCGAAUCCUGCCUGCGUCGUGUUAUUUGUAUAAUUAUGUAGCCGAGUGUUAUUAAUUUUCUUAAGCUCCAUGUAAAUUCAGCAGUAUAAAUAUGUAGUCUUGUGUUAUUAAUUUUCUUAAACUUAAACAAGUUUGUUUCUUUGGUACGAUCA